AUGUCUGAAAAGCCUAUCGUACAGCAACCUGGUGCCAUGCCCCAAAUGUUGCCGGGUGGGAAUCGCAAUGCCCUCAACAAACCCUUUGACCAACAAGGCGAACGUGAAUGGUCUCAUGGGACGUUCGACUGCUUCUCCGAGUGUGGGCUGUGCCUCUUCAGCUGGUGCUGUUCUUGCUUCUCGUAUGGGAAAAACAAGUCCCGCCUGCAGUACCUUCAAAUCAACGGUCAGCCUCACCCUCAAGGUGGCGAGAUGGUCAAUAGCGAUUGCGUCGUUUUUGCUGCACUCCUCUACUGCGGUUGCCCCUGUCUGGUUUCUAUGGGCACACGCAAGGAGAUUCGUACUCGUUACAAAAUCCAGGGCGGUGGAGGUUCCGAUUUCCUCUGCAGCUGGUGCUGUGCUCCUUGCUCACUCGUUCAGGAAUCUCGUGAGCUCACGCUGGAGGAGAACAGCUUCCACCAUGUCAGUUUCUUUUCGAUUCAUCUGGUACUCAAUGAGAUACUAACGUGA